AUGACAGUGUACCAAGUGGAAGGCAUCAUUGCCUCAAUCCCAGGAGUCACCGACAAGAUCAUCAACUGGUUUAAAGGGGAAUACCGCCAGGCGAACUCUUCUGAUAGGCUCAAGAAGGAGGUAAUGAUGCAGCAAAUGAUGCAAUAUUACAUUAGUGCUCUGAAAACGACGGGGAAGGACAAACCCACCGACCUUGAACCCCCAUGGUUCAAAUUCUUGAAGAGGCCCUCUGAACUCAAGAGGGCUCUUUUAACUGGGCAGUUAUCGCUGAACCCCCUGCUAAACCAAUCUACAAAGAUUUCCUUGCCGCAUGGGAUGCCCGUGGCAACGAUGAGCCCAAAGUCAUCACCAAACCAUCUAAUCCUCAGGAGAAUGCAAAGGGGAAGGGCCUUGUAUUCUGUGACUAUUGUACUCGACACGUCGACAAACACAUCCAAACACGAAUUGCUCUAA